CAUCAUCUUUUUGCGUUUACAAUCAAAUCUACUUUCCUUCAUAUUUUGUUUGUUUACAUCUUCAAUCUCUCUAUUGACUUGUCUUCAAUCACUUAUCAACCAUUGAUUUAAAGUUCACAACUAAAUCAUCAUCUUGUUCAUCAUUUACAGAUUUACAUUUUCAUUUUAACUUUCAAGCAAACCUUAAAUCGCAAAGUUGAAUGUGCACAUUGAAUGGGACAACAAGAUGAAUCCCAGUAAAUCCAUAUUAAUGGAGAUUCCCUGUUAAACCUAUGGAAAAACUUUUCAUUAUUUAAUAAUCUAUCAUUUUGUCUAUCAUAAUAACAUCAACAAUCAUGAAAUUAACAAUCCAACAAUCGUAACCACAUUUAAAACCCUUUUAACGUUUAUAACAAUCAACUUUAACCAAACCAAAUACACCUUCAAUGUUAAUAGGAGACAGACUUCUUGAUAUUCCUUGUCGUGUUUGCGGCGAUCGUAGUUCAGGUAAACAUUACGGUAUUUACUCAUGUGACGGUUGCUCUGGAUUUUUUAAACGAAGUAUUCAUCGUAAUCGUGUUUAUACUUGUAAAGCUCAAGGGGAAGCUCAUUCAAAGUGUCCAAUUGAUAAAACUCAUCGCAAUCAAUGUCGAGCUUGUAGACUCAAGAAAUGCUUUGAAGCUCAAAUGAAUAAAGAUGCUGUACAACAUGAAAGAGGACCACGUAAACCAAAGUUGAAAGAAGGUUCAUCGUCAGCAUCAUCGAUAGAAAGUCAUCAAGGUCUUCAUCACCAUUCUCACCAUAUUUCACAUCAUCACCAUCAUCAUCUUCAUCACCAUUCACGGUCUUCUCCUUCAUCAGUUGGAAAUACAAUAACUAAACCCUUUCCAAUCAAAUUGGAAGGACGAUUGCUGAGCAAACUACACCAUCAUCAUCACCAACAGCAUUCCCUUCAACAAUCACAUCGACAAUCUUCACCAGUUAUUCAAAUAACGUCACUGACUUCGGGAGGAUCUCACCCUCAUUCUCAUCCUCCUCCACCUCCUCAAUCACUACCUCCACCUCCACCACCUCUUGUUUCAGUAUCAACUAACGGUUCUACGGUUGAGAUGAAUGACCCAACAUUGAAUGGUGGCUCAUCAUCAUCAUCAUCAUUAUUUGGAUCUAAUGGCACCACAAGUAAACCCUCAGAUGUAAGCUUAACUUCAACAUCAUCUUCAUCACAUAAUAGUGUUUCCACACCAACAUCAACCUCAUUCAUCGAUGAAACUGCCAAUCAUCCCGGAUUACUUCAGAUGCUGCUCAAUGCUGAAAAGUCGCAAGAAGUUAUCUGGUCAAAUCUUCGUUACGCAGGUCCAGGUCACCCAAUAACUCGCCCUAGUUUUCCAUACAUUGGUACAAAUAACUUUGGACGGAUUUUUGAUGAAUCAGGUUUACCCAAUCCAGCAUCUUUUAUGAUUCCUAGCUUUUUCUCCUCGUCUUGCCCUUUAUUAACUGGAACCAAUGUCAUACCAUUAACCAGUACAGGUGAAAUUGCAAAUGAAAGUGAUCUCAAAUCUCGCGAACCUGUUCCAAGGCCAAUUCCAAUAGCUCAACUAUCAGCCCCAUUAGCACAUUUACCCAAACCAUUUAUUGGUCAUUGGGAUUCAGUUCAAGAAAUAACUGCUCGACUACUUUUUAUGGUUAUCCGAUGGAUUAAAAGUUUACCAACAUUCCGAACGUUAUCCAAAAAUGAUCAGAUUACAUUGCUUGAAGAUUCUUGGAAAGAUCUGUUUCUCUUGAAUAUGGCUCAAUGGUCAGUUACCUUUGAUGUCGUCUCACCAACCUCUCCUGGUGGACCAAGCUAUGUUAAUCGUGCAAUAAUCCAAAGUAAAGCAACUGAUAACCCUGAGAUGUCAAUUGAUGUGCAAUAUAUUCAAGAGAUAAUGAGAAGAUUCCGUCAAUUAUCACCUGAUGGAACUGAAUGCAGCUGUUUAAAAGCUGUUGUUCUUUUUCGACCAGAAUCAAUCCGUUUAUGUGAUGUUCAUCCAGUUGAAAUGCAACAAGAUCAAGCUCAGUGUGUACUAAGUGAUUAUGUCAGACAUAAAUAUCAACGCCAACCAACCAGAUUCGGUCGAUUAUUAUUAAUUCUUCCUUGUCUCCGGACAAUUUCAUCAACAACGGUGGAGAAACUUUUCUUCCGUGAAACUAUCGGAGAAAUACCAAUCGAGAAAAUAUUAGUAGAUAUGUAUCACAUGGAGAAAGCUGAUGGUUAACUCUUCUCUUACUCCCAACUCUAGUCAAUUGAAAUUAUGCCCAUUUUAACUUAUUUACAUAAUUUUUCUCUCGACCACUUUUCCACUUUUCCUUAUUUUAACCUUUUCUUGCUUUCAAUGGUCUCAGGAUUAUGGGAUUAACAUCCUUUUAUCUAGUUAAUUUAAACAACUCAUUAAAAAAUGAACUUAAUUGUAUA